ACCCCAUCGCCUGUCCUACUACUCCGACGCAGGUGGUGGCAGCGGAGGUUUACUAAUACAGAAACUUGGCAGGUCUGAGUGCAGCACAGCAGAAGUAAUCAACAGCCGGGCUCUAAAAUUUGGGCAGGGAUUUUCCCACUUCCGCGUCCGAAAGCGCAAUGGAACCCGAAAUGAUACCCAACACCCACAUCGCACAGAUGGGAUCCGACACGUUUGAAAUUGCCGUUUCCUGUCAUGCAAUAUUUGACAUGGAUGUAACAAGUGAUCCCUUAUCCAAGGGCGUUGCUUUCUCCUUCAUAAAGGCUAUUCAGGUCAUCAAUGAAAAACUGACAGUCAAAAAUCCUAAGAGUCCCUUGUUUGAUGUAAUUUUGGUGGUAAAAGAUUUGCAGAACAUGCAAUCAAAGAUAGUCAGUAGCACACAGCACUAUGGUCUUCAAAUAAGUAGAUUUUUCUUCUGCAGCAGUGACAAUUUCACGCAAAGCCUCAAGUCCACUAAUGUAAAACUGUUCUUGUCCACGCACACCACUGAUGUCUGCUGUGCCUUGCAAGAAGGGGUUCCAGCUGCACUGCUGUGUCCCCAAUCUGGAUCCCCAGCAGAGGGGGAUAAGGAGCCGGUGGGCAGCCCGCUGAAGGUCCUGUUGUCUGGGGAUGCCAUGGCCCUGCCUGAGGAGAGACUGUCUGAGGUGGGCUUCAGCCAGCCAGAACUCCAGACCUUCAGAGUCGCUAAGGCCUCCAUGACAGAGUUUGCCUCGGCGAUCGCAGAGAUGAGGAAGUGUUUCGACAGAGAAGACAGCCCCCUGCGUGUAGCGCUGAUGACUGUCCUAGGCACCAGGAACGAGAUGGCCAGCGCCCUGCUGACGGCCCGGGACUGGGGCCUGGAGGUGGACGAGGCCUACUGUCUGGCCGGGGCCCCCCAUGCUCCACUCCUCAGCUGCAUCCAGCCUCAUAUUCUCUGCUAUGACGGACUGUACAAUGUAACUGAGAUGGUCCCUGCGUUGUCCUGAGGAUGGGAGGAAAUUACUUACUGGGAGCGCUGGAGGUUUCUUCAGUGCAUUGCACUUCGUGGGAAUGGUGUACAAAUCUUACAGGUUAUACUACAUUAGGUGUUUUGGGACCUAUUAAAUGGUUCAGAAUUAUGUUUAUACUUUGUGUGCCAAAUGUCAUGAAUACCAUAGUGCAGCUGACCCAUAUGGUGUACUAUAUAUUAUGGUGUUAGUUGGUGCUAUCAUAUUACAUAUUUUAUGAAAACGAUUAGGUUUGUGUUUACAGGCAACAUAUUUUUGAACAUUUCUAGAGUUGCUGGUUUUGAUUAAUAAUCAAAUUACUUUAUUUUAACUGUAACUAAAUCAGUUAAAAAAGCAGGUAACAGGUAAUUAAACAUAGAAAGUACAUCUCAAUGUUACACCAAUAGAUACAGUAUUUUCCAGUGAAACCAAAGAGUCUUUAAGGCAAUGUAAGCUUAACUUUAUGAAAUGCAGCUUGAAAAAAUCUACAUUAUUUUGACUCGCAAUGGCGAUGUACAUAAAAUAUACAAAGGAAAUGCACAAAAUGGAUUAACCAUGCAGUCAUGGGUUGCUUUGGCAAAAAUUACAACAUACAUACAUGACUCAAAAAAGAUGACAAACUGUAUAAUACAUUGAUGGUGUAACCCAUAUACACCUAAUUAAACAUUGCUAUGCAUACAAUAUCACUUGAAGAA